CAUAUGUUAUAGAAUGUCAUCGUCAUCGAUUGUGCACCUCAUAAACAACAUUUCCCUUUCAUUAUACAUCGUAAAUCUUGAAUCUGUAAACUUGUAGUGUUUUCGUCAACAAUAUUGCAACUCAGUUUGGUUCUCGAAAGCGGUACUAGUAUUUAGAAUGUUUUGAUGUGGAACGGGAACGGGCUAUUCUAAGCGAAAUUCCUAAAUAAAAGAGUGAGUGGCAGUCAUGAUUAUUUUUAGUUUAUUUUUGGAUCACAGUCGUUACUGAUAAGUAAGUAUUAUAAGUAUGAUGCACUGUAUUGCAUUGCAGAGUGGCUUUGAAGAGACCAACGACUUAAAUAAAUGCAGUGACCAGCUAACAGUGACAUUUUCAAAAGAAAAGUGAAUGAAGUAAAAAAGCGUGAACAAAAGUUGAGUGACAUUUUAAAUGACUAUUGAACAUUGUAUAUGAAAAACAGACACAUCCCAACACAAUAACAAUCCCACGAUGGCUGUAAACGAGCAGGACACCGAAAAGAUCUUGCAGCACACGUUUACAUCUGUUCUCGGUAAGGAAACGAAAGUCUUCUUUGCACAUGGAGCUGGGAGCACGAGAAGAUACAAUUGUCAAUGUUGCCAUAUUAAUAACAUGGGUGAAACUUCUCUAUUGACACAUGUAAACGGGAAGAAGCACAAACUUGUUUUAAAAGAACUUAGUAUAAGGACAAGAGCCUUGUCAGAACGCCGAGGUGCAAGUUCUCCCGAUCCUGCAGAUGCUGCAUCUCCAUUACAAAAUAGAAUCAACGAAAUCAGAAAUCAGGCAAUAAUUGGACUCGAAUAUGUGAUUGAAGUGCACCUCGGUUCAAUUUUUGAAUGUGUUUACCACUGUGUUUUAUGUGAAAGUAAAUUUGAUCUCACUACAGUUAUAAGUCAUCUGACUGCCUACAAUCAUCGCCUACAAUAUCUGGAAAAGCAUUUUCCUACCGCUUUCAAGGAAAUAUCUGAUCUGGAUUCGACCGACAAACGGAAAUUAAAGCUGUGUCUGACCGAAAAAGUUUGCGAAGGCAUUGAGGAUCAAUUUGGCCGACUGCGUUUGCUUAUGGUUGACAAUUCUGAAUUUGUGAAAGAUCGAAUGCAAACGACGGAAAAAGUUCUGAACUCUAAGCAUAUCGAUGAGUAUAUGGGAUGCACAUUCAUUGAUUUAAUUCGUGAUUGUCUGCGAAAAGAGCAAAAUCUGUCGGACAUCUCGGACAUUGAGGAAGAAGAACUUAGAAGCCGCCGGGCCAGUCUAGACUCUAUUUCUACUUCGAGUGAAUCGUAUUGGUCUAUGAGCGUAAUUUCGUUGAGUUCAAGUUCGCGAUCAUCAAGUUCGAAUUCGAAUAAAUCUGCUUCAAAACUAUCGUUACUGUACAACUCGCAAGCUUUAAUUUCCCAUUCAGAGCGUGUGCAGCAGCAGACAUACAAAAUGGAAAAAUUCAAACUACUGAUGGCAAAUGCUGAAGCAAACCUCAGAAAAAAAUACGACGAAUACAAAGAGACACCGUUGUCCCAUUCCGGCUACAAAGAAGAGUGGAACUCAUUCUGGCGAAAGCGUUAUAAGGAAUUGAAAGCAGGUGGUCAACCCACCGAAAGGCACGAUUUUAAAUCAGAAUGGCUUGUCGAAUGGAAGAAACUGAUGGAUCGGCGGCUUCAAAGUGAUAUUGAAUCGAUGAGGGUAGAAAUCAGACAGAAAUUAAGUAUUUCCGAUUCUGACUUCGGCCGGAGUAAAAUCAUAAAGACCCUUGAAGAUAUCUCCGCAGACUUUUUAUCAAAAAAACGGGAGAAGAAAAAGUCGAAACAUGAAAAACGUUCUAGGGACGAAAAAAGACUUUCGAAAAAAGGUAGACUACGUCGUUCCACUAGGAGAUCUCCAUCACCUAGAAGACGCAGAUCACGGUCGCUGGAAAGAAGCCAUCGUAGAUUGAGCAGUCAUCGACGUACUCCUCGAAGAUCACGUAGUCCUCGCAGAUCACGUAGUCCGCGUAAAAGAAGUAGUCCUCGUAGAUCACGCAGUUCUCGUAGAUCACGCAGUCCUCGUAGGCGUCCAUCUCAUCGUAGGUCAAGAAGUCCUCGUAGUCGACAUUCACCUCGUACUCAUCGAUCAACGCGUAGAUCGCACUCUAGAACAGCUCAUAAUGAAUGGAAAUCGCAUUUAACCCGAAGGUCACGUUCACGUUCGCAGCAAAGACUUAUAAGAAAAUCAAGGUCACCUUCUGCACACAAUGAAAGACGACGCUCUCAUUUGUCGCCAAACUUCCAAAGAAACGACAUAGCUUCCACAUAUGAAGAGAAGCAAUCACCCAAACUGACUGCUAAACAGCCAGAGCCACCACGUGUGUCAAUGUUUCCUUGGAAGCGCCCAGGAAGAUCUUCAAUGUCUCCGCAGAAGUCAAAAACAAUUGCGUCACCGUCAACCCAUACAGGACAGUCAAUACUAACUCGUAGAAACACGUUACACUUUGCGACAAAGCCACGGCAAGAAUACGCGAAACUUUGUGUGCCUAUUCCCCCACGCCUGAGAUCUAUUAAUUCGAGACUGCGGACUGAUUUGAAUGAAGAUAACGACAGCGAACCGCUAACUAUAAUUUCCGUUUUAAGUUUGUUAACUGCUUUGGAGGACAUUCUGGGAAGUUUAGGACCUAAAGUGAUUCAAUUGAUGAUUGAAGCCAAAGCGAUGGACAAAGCUGAAGGAACCUCUUCGUGCCAGUUGCUUGAUAACCACGACAACUGCAUUUUGUUUGAAACAAUAAAAGAAAAACUAAAAGGCCUCAGUAACGCUGGUUUAGUUGAACCGAAUAAGUUGAAGGCUGUUAAGAAAGCAAUCAAAAACAUGGCCACAUUAAUUCAUCAAAAUAAUGAAAGAGAAAAAGCAUGCGAAAAACUGCAAGAAAUUGGAGUUCGGAAAUCUUUUCCUCGUACAGAGCAUCAACAACAAAUGGACUCUCCCCAAGUACAACCACAGACGACACACGUGGUGCUAUCUGCAAAGGAAGAAGAGCGUAAAAUUAUAAAAGCGAAACUGUCGGCUGCAUUAAUCAGUGAAGGUAGAAGAGAUAUUACCGACGAACAAAUGGACGAUUUGGUGGAAUGUUACUUCAAGGAAGUUGAGAAAAAGAAGUUAGAAUUGGAAAAGACGAAGGGCAAACCUGCGUCACUGCAUUCAAAUGAAUCUGAUAGUGUUGACAUCCCUGCCGUGUCUGCUCGAUGUGACGCUCGUGAUAAAACUGUUGCUAAUCCGAGUAACGAAAAUCGUGAGGUUACACGGUUAUCUGCCGAAUCAGUCCCCACAUCAUCCAGUCGCCCUGUCGAAUUUUCCUGUAACCAGUCAACUACAACGUCGUACUUACGGCCAGUCUUACCAAAACCUGUUUCGAGGCCACUAGGUCAGAUUGCUGCUCCGAAACCCGAUCCGAAGCUGUCAAAUCAAAACAUUUCCGUUGCAAAUCCCGCUUCGCGCCCGAUGAAGGCGCCAUUUCAAAAUACUCGAAAAAAUACAUCGAAAAUGUACGCUAUAACGGAUGCUGAAGCAGUGACUUUGAGUGAUCAAGAUUUACGAAUUUUGAUGACGAAAUUUUCAUCUUUAUCGGACAGCGAAAAAGAAAACUAUACAACAUACAUGAAGAAAUUGCAGGUCGCUGAUCCUUUGCGCUACAAAUGGUUACACAAUGAAAUUGAAAAGCCAGAAGAGCAACGAUCCAAUACGAGUAGUUCGCUUCGUGAAGACAAUGGUGCGACGAGUGGAAGACAAAUCACUAGCAGAGUAAAUUCUCAAAAGGUGUUCAGUCCAGGUGAUAACAUACAUUCCGAUGGUGAGCGCGCAACAACCAACCAAAUCAUAAUUGACGACAGUGAUUCCGACAGUGACGACAGCGCAAUUUUAGCCUCAUCCAUUGCGAAUUCACAGAAGCAGAUAGCUCAAAUGACCGAAAUGGCUAGAAAUCUCAAUCCAUUGAAUGAAGGUAACAAAAUACCUGUAAUCAGUUCCGUUCAAAUGUCGAAAACAGUCGGAAAAUCACCUCAAAAACGCAUUGACACAGUUACAAUAUCUGGCGCUGGCCCACAACCGAUAUUCGGCAAUGCGAGUACAACAUCUGUGCCGAUUGGGACACCAGUUGCACCACCAAUUCAAUAUCAACAUCCAUAUCUUAGUAAUGCUUUUCCACCACAACAACGUCAUCCUUUCCAACGACCAUUUCAACUUCAACAAUAUCACAAUCCAGUACCACCUCCUUAUGCCGCAAGGCCAUUUUAUGGCAGAUUCUAUCCACCACCGGCAUUUCCGCCAUUUUAUCCGCCUAGAUAGUAAUGUUUAUUACGUGUAAAUCAACGCAAAUCAAAUUUCAGAAUUAUUUUUUUAACUGCCUUUGCACAUUUAAGCAACCAAAAAUGUAGUAAUUAUAAGUGUUAAUAAUCCGUUUUCAGCAAAUUAAAUUAUUAAGAAGUUUUGUUAAGUAUAAGACAAAUUUGUCUGUCUAGAUUUUUCGAUCGAAUAACUGAACAACUAAGAUUCUGUUUAAUUAGUAAUUACUUACCUAGACAUUUACUUAAGUUUUUUACUAUUUGAGAAAAAAUGAAAUCGGUUUUUUUAUGUUUAACAGGAUAAUAAGAGGUUAAACAUUACCUUAAGUUUUUGAAUUAAAUUGAAAUUAUGUGCUUACCGACCUCGGCAACGCCUCGGAUCGGUAAACUUCACAAAAUGAGACCAUUUCCAUCAUUUGUCCCAUAAUGUACUACAAAAUGUUGUUGCAGAUAAAGCAAGAUGAAUAAAACAUAAUGAAAAUGA